AUGUCGGAGCUGGACGAUCUGCCGAACCGAGAGCUUGCCGAAGAAAUUGAAGCUAUCAAUGCCAUCUACGAGCCCGACACCGUCACGGUGACCCGCGCACCGACAGCGCAAUCCACCACCAGUACCCUCGAUCUAGGAAAUUCCGGGUCAGGUAGCGAUGAUGCGCAAACGACGGUGACACUCCAAAUCCCCGGACAGUCAUAUCUCUCCUUUCGUAUCGGGUUUGGCGCCACAUACCCCGAGACUCAGCCUUUAGUGCUUGGAACGGCCUCGACCGCGGCGCGUGGAGAGGGUAAAAUUGCCGUGGACGUUCUGGGAGAUAUUGUACAACGGACAUGGCAACCGGGCGCUGUGUGCUUGUUCGAUGUGAUCAGUGAAGCGGUGGAGGUAUUCCCAGAAUUGAAUAUUGGCGGGGCGAAGGACAACCCGCAGACCGAGACGACAGAACCCUCUUUCACGACAGGCCAUACAUCGAGCCAAACGACGAGCUCCAAUGGAGCUGCCGCACAACAAGCAACAGAGAAUUUUGCAUCUCUCUCUUUACAAGAUACCUUCGGGCUUGAUAGUCCACCAGACUGGAUCCUCUCCGACGUGGUGACGGAAAAAAAGUCCGUCUUUCUCGCCCGAGCAGUCCGAGUAACGAGUCUAGCGCAGGCGCAGACCUUCUUGGACCACCUGACAGCGACGGAUAAGAAAGUCGCCGUGGCGACGCACAACAUUAGCGCUUGGCGAAUCAAACAAAGGAAAGAUACGGAGUCUAAGAGCACCGACUCUGACACGGCGGAGACCGUGAUCCAGGACUACGACGAUGAUGGAGAAACGGCAGCCGGGGGCCGUUUACUUCAUGUGAUGCAGUUAAUGGAUGUGUGGAAUGUCCUCGUUGUGGUCUCGCGAUGGUAUGGUGGGAUUCAUCUGGGACCUGCGCGAUUCAGACUCAUUAAUGAUGUCGGUCGGGACGCUCUGGUUAAGGGUGGUUUCACCCGAGAGGAUAAUACGGCUGGUCCUGACAAGGCCAAGAAGAAGGGGAAGAAAUGA